ACAAGAGUCUGUUACUCUGUUAGAAGAAAAAAUUGUGGAGAAUGAUGUCCCUUGCUGUCCUGCUGUGUGUUGCUGUCCUGUCCUGGUCAGGUCCUAACCUCUCCAGCGGUCAGACCAUCAACAUCGACCUGACCAAAGGCUUCAACUACACCACGCCCAUCUACUGCCCGUCUGCUGUGGCGGGUCUCAGCGACUGCAAGCCGUCUGCUUGUUACUGGUCAGGGUCAAGGUCAGAGUGCUGCAUGUACCGCGCGACUUACAAUGGAAUAUUGGUCGACCAGUGUAAAUGCAACUAUAAAGUCAACUGCACCGUUGUAUUGACUACCACUACAGUGUCAACAACUACAACAGAACCAUUUUUGGAUGGAUCACCACAAUUCUGUGACGCAUAUACUCCGACUACACCCAAGAACUGUUCUAGCAUCGACCCAUGUUUUAAAAAAUCAACUAGGGCUAGCUGUUGUUAUUUAAUCUCAUAUGCAGGUGGAAAAUUUGAACAAAAGUGUACUUGUGAGGAUAAAACGCUGAUGUGUUAGAAGCUAAACCUUAUACAUAAUGGACUUCCAAAACGACUUAAUCCUAUUAAAAAAGAGUUCUUAACCUAGAGAGCAUAUAAUACAAAGAUGUUUCACACUAACAUGGAAAUAAAUAUAUUAAAG